CUGAAUGGGCCCUUUUCUAGUUCUCACCUCCCAUAUCACCAAAGAGGAGAAAAUAAAACUCUAUAAAUAUGGGUUCAAGAUUACCAAACCUAGGCUUGAAGACGCCACUACAAAGGCAUCUUCCAGGUCCUUCUCCUGCUCUCCCUCCUCCUUCCUCUUUUCCAAAAGGCUACCGUAACUCUUUCUCUUCAACUUUCCAACACUGGACCUCUUGUCUCCCGUGCUCAAUCCCCGAAAAAGCAUGGUCGGACCUAACCCCACCAUCAAAUUCCUCUGCAGUUACGGCGGCAAAAUCCUCCCUCGUUAUCCUGACGGCAAACUCCGUUAUCACGGCGGUGAAACCCGUCUCCUUGCUGUUGAUCGCUCCAUUUCCUUCUCUGAGCUGUCGUUAAAGAUGGAAGAGAUGUGUGGGAAAGCGGUGAGUCUACGUUGCCAGUUGCCAACAGAAGAUCUGGACGCCCUGGUUUCGAUCACUUCCGAUGAGGAUCUCGCGAAUCUCAUUGAGGAAUACGAUCGCGUAGCAUCGCCACCGUCUUCUUUAAAGAUCAGAGCUUUCCUUUCGCAGCCAAAAUCCACUAAAAAACCAAUUUCUCCUCCUUCUUCAUCAUCGGCUUCGUCUUCAAAGUCGGUAACUUCAUCCACUCCCAGGUUCUCCUGUAUACGUCAGAUCUCGGGGACUCCUGUCGCUUUCCCUCUUUGCUCGGAGAAAUCUGCGGGGAAGAGUAGUCCUUACUAUGGUUACCAUGCUCAUCAUGGCAACCCUAGUCAUAUUUACCUUAUUCAUAACGGGAAUCACUGGCAAUAGCAGCUGGCCAAAAGAAAUGAAGGAUCGUAAUUUAGUAACCCUGUUAUGAUCCUGUUUGGAUUGCUGAAGAACAAGUAAAAGAAUACUACCCGUAGAACUAAAAAAAGAACUAAAGAACCAAAGCUAUAUGAUGUAUUUGGAGCUGUAAAUCGUUUAAGGACUGCUUUUGAUGAUGCGUGGCCAUUAAUGAAUUUUCCACUCCAGUUUCGUUUUGGAUCAUCUCCCAAAAAACCCAAAUAUUUCUUUUAUGAUGGUUAACGAAGAUAUUAAAUGAAUGGGGCUUAAUGAAACACCAAGCAGCCUUUGAAUGAUCCGAGGUAGCAAUGGACGGAAAGUAAUUGAUUUUAAUUUUUGUCCAGAUUUGAUAUAUAUUAUAUAAAUUAUAUAUGUUAAUUGCAAGGGGCCAAAGAAGCACCGAAUCAAUGAUUGUCUUAAUGCCAAACAAAAUUCCAACUAGGCAAUAGCAAUAAAUUCUGGAAGCAUAGGAUUGGGGGACCAUUGGAAGAAUCAGAUGAAGCAUAACCGGAAUUUGUUGAACAUGCAAUGGAGGGAAAGCCAUAGAACUGUCCCAUUUGACGUCUGGUAUACAUAUGAAUUAUUGAGGGUCUUGUGGGUAUGAUGAUUGGAUGUUUUCUUGGAAGUCGGCCUGGUUAGUAACUUGGGGCUGGAUUGACAUGUGAAAGAAAAACAAGUCAGAGAGGAACGGAGGCAGUAUUGGAAGUAGGGAGCAUUGAGUAGAGGGUUCAUAACAAGAUACCUUUACGAAGGAGUGGUGUUGAUAUGAUCAAUUGACAGUUGACUUGUCCUGACAUGGACAAUUGGUUUAUUGUCAGACCAAUUGAGCUGAUUUAGCGACCAAAGCGUAAACUGCGGGACUAUAACAGAACUGAUGAACAAUAUAAUAAUAGCUGACAAAUAAUUUCGUGAUAAUAAAGAAAAAGAAGAUGAAAACAGAAAGAAAAAGACGAAAGUUUCAUUCAAACAAACACAAAGAAGAGGAUGAAUAAAGUGCUGCCAACUCUAUCAGUCUAUGAUUUUUUGUUCAAAGGAAGGGUCUCCACUAACGUAUCAUUCAAAAAGAAAGAUUCCCUUUGCUGACCCAUGCAAUUUUGGAGAGAUACGAAGGAUUUAUUUAUAACAUUAAAAUUGAAUUAACAAAGGGAAAACAAAUAUGAAAGUGAGUUUGAUGAUUGUUAUCUUCUGGGGAUAAAGAUAAAGUGAUUUUAAGGUUAUCCUACCCCACCAUGUCCGAUCUUUUUUCUUUAAUGUUGUUUUUCUUCUUAAGAUGAAUAUGAUUUAAAAAAAAAAGAAAAAAACUAUACUGAAAAAGAUGCCAACAAGAAAGUAUAAGCUUGAUCUUUAGUCAAUUGGACCUAAGUCAGCUUGGACUUCUAAUACUUCUGUUUCCUUCACCUUAUAAGAUGGUUAGCAUAAGUUAUUUACAUCUAUUUAUAAUAUAUAAAAGUAGGGAUGUCAAGAAGCUUUCGAACCGACGAAAAUUGAAAUUGGUGUUUGAUUAUA